AUGGGAUCUGCAACUACAAAUGAAAUUGAAAUCAAGUUCAAAUCGAAUUCUGAUAAUAGGAUGCAUGAACUCAAAGCUUUUGAUGAGACAAAAGCUGGUGUUAAAGGCCUUGUUGAUGAAGGUGUUGUCAAAAUCCCAACCUUAUUUCAUCAUCCACCUGAUAAGCUUUCAAACCCCACAAAUUCAACCAAUAACGAACACAUCGUUCCUGUUAUAGACUUUACAAAUACAAGGCAAGAUAUUAUAAGCAGAAUAAAGGAAGCUUCUGAGACAUGGGGUUUCUUUCAAGUGGUUAAUCAUGGUAUACCUUUGAAUGUUGUUGAGGAUAUGAAAAAUGGUGUGGCUAAAUUCUUUGAACAAGAUACUGAAGUAAAGAAAGCGAUGUAUACUAGAGAUUGGACAAGACCGUUUGUUUAUAAUAGUAAUUUUGAUUUGUAUAGUUCACAAGCACUUAAUUGGAGGGAUACUUUUAAAUGGAACAUUGCUCCUAAUGCUCCAAAACCAGAAGAUUUGCCACUAGUAUGCAGGGAUAUAGUUCUGGAAUAUGGAGCACAUGUAGAGAAACUUGGAAUGACACUCUUUGAAUUACUAUCAGAAGCUCUUGGAUUGGAUCCAAAGCAUUUAAAAGAAAUGGAUUGUUCUAAGUGGAUUAUGCUACUUGGUCAUUACUAUCCUGCUUGUCCUCAACCAGAAUUAACUAUGGGAACCACCAAACACUCUGAUGGUAGUUUUCUGACUGUGCUUCUCCAAGAUCAUAUCGGUGGGCUUCAAAUUCUUCAUGAGGACAAGUGGAUUGAUGUACCCCCAAUCCCUGAGGCUCUUGUUGUUAAUAUUGGCGAUCUUCUACAGCUUGUGACAAAUGAUAGGUUUAAGAGUGUUGAACACAGAGUACUGGCGAAUAGCAUUGGUCCUAGAAUAUCUGUUGCAUGCUUUUUUAGGGGUCAAGAAAAGCUCUACGGACCUAUAAAAGAAUUAUUAUCAAAAGACAAUUCUCCCAAAUACAGAGAAACCACUACUACUAAUUAUCUAGCUUACUAUAAAGCAAAAGGUCUUGAUGGCAGUUCUGCUCUUCAACAUUUCAAGAUUUGA